AGUCCGAUCUCGCGAGAGAGGACGGAAGCCUGUGGGAGCCCGUGGCCUUUAAAGUGCGGUUCAGCCCUUUCCUCCCGGGGUAGUUUGUAAACACGGCUGAGCUCGGGCCUCCCUGGCGACCGAGAGAAGCAUGAACUAGUGUCCUGGAAAGGGAGACUCAGAUGGAAACUUGAGAAGCACUGCUUACUUGAUUAGAGCUAAGGGAUUCCUGGCAGCACUGAAUAAAGCUCAUGGCCCACCAGUUAGAAAGAAAUCUGCUUUGAAACUUGAGUACAUGCUUUAAAGUAUCCUUGCCAUGAAAAAGAGGACGUGAUAAGUUGUUCAACUUAAUGAAAUUCAAGUUACAUGUGAAUUCUGCCAGGCAGUACAAGGACCUGUGGAAUAUGAGUGAUGACAAACCCUUUCUAUGCACUGCCCCUGGAUGUGGCCAGCGUUUUACCAACGAGGAUCAUUUGGCUGUCCAUAAACAUAAACAUGAGAUGACACUGAAAUUUGGUCCAGCACGUAAUGACAGUGUCAUUGUGGCUGAUCAGACCCCAACACCAACAAGAUUCUUGAAAAACUGUGAAGAAGUGGGUUUGUUUAAUGAGUUGGCAAGUCCAUUUGAGAAUGAAUUCAAGAAAGCCUCAGAAGACGACAUUAAAAAAAUGCCUCUAGAUUUAUCCCCUCUUGCAACACCCAUCAUAAGAAGCAAAAUUGAGGAGCCCUCUGUUGUAGAAACAACUCACCAGGAUAGUCCUUUACCUCACCCAGAGUCUACCACCAGUGAUGAAAAGGAGGUACCAUUGGCACAAACUGCACAGCCCACAUCAGCUAUUGUUCGUCCAGCAUCAUUACAAGUUCCCAAUGUGCUGCUUACAAGUUCUGACUCAAGUGUAAUUAUUCAGCAAGCAGUACCUUCACCAACGUCAAGUACUGUAAUCACCCAGGCACCAUCCUCUAACAGGCCAAUUGUUCCUGUACCAGGCCCAUUUCCUCUUCUGUUGCAUCUUCCUAAUGGACAGACCAUGCCUGUUGCUAUUCCUGCAUCAAUUACGAGUUCUAAUGUGCAUGUUCCAGCUGCAGUCCCACUUGUUCGACCAGUCACCAUGGUGCCUAGUGUUCCAGGAAUUCCAGGUCCUUCCUCCCCUCAACCAGUACAGUCAGAAGCAAAAAUGAGAUUAAAAGCUGCUUUGACCCAGCAACAUCCUCCAGUUACCAAUGGUGAUACUGUCAAAGGUCAUGGUAGCGGAUUGGUUAGAACUCAGUCAGAGGAAUCUCGACCACAGUCAUUACAACAGCCAGCUACAUCCACUACAGAAACUCCGGCUUCUCCAGCUCACACAACUCCACAGACCCAAAAUACAAGUGGUCGUAGAAGAAGAGCAGCUAAUGAAGAUCCUGAUGAAAAAAGGAGGAAAUUUCUAGAGCGAAAUAGAGCAGCAGCUUCACGAUGCCGACAAAAAAGGAAAGUCUGGGUUCAGUCUUUAGAGAAGAAGGCAGAAGACUUGAGUUCAUUAAAUGGUCAACUGCAGAGUGAAGUCACCCUGCUGAGAAAUGAAGUGGCACAGCUGAAACAGCUUCUUCUGGCUCAUAAAGAUUGCCCUGUAACCGCCAUGCAGAAGAAAUCUGGCUAUCAUACCGCCGAUAAAGAUGAUAGUUCAGAAGACCUGUCAGUGCCAAGUAGUCCACAUACGGAAGCUAUACAGCAUAGUUCUGUCAGCACAUCCAAUGGAGUCAGUUCAACCUCCAAGGCUGAAGCUGUGGCCACGUCAGUCCUCACGCAGAUGGCGGACCAGAGUACAGAGCCUGCGCUCUCGCAGAUAGCUAUGGCUCCUGCCUCCCAGUCACAGCCCUCAGGAAGUUGAUUAAAAACCUGCAGUGUGGCAGUUUUAGAUACUCAUUAGUGACUUCAAAGGGAAAUCAAGGAAAGACCAGUUUCCAUUUAUGCGAAAUCUGUGGUUGUAAAUUUUUUUUUUUUUUUACUUGAAAUUAAAUUUGGCUCUAAAGUUGGUGUAGCAGCAGUUGAUGUUCAGACUGAACAACAGUUUUUAGUCUCUGGAAAAAGACUGAUUUUGCUUUUUUUAUAAAUAUUGUUAGAUUUAUUAAUUUCCUGUGCUCAAUGUGUAAAUUGUAUUAUAAUUCAUUGUGGUUUAUUUCACUUUUAAUUUGGUGGUGUUUUAAUAAAUGGGGGUGUUACUGAAUCUCUUCCCACUUCCAUUUCUUUUGACCACCUCUUAAUCCUCAACUGUGAUGGUAGUAUUGUUUAUCAUUUAUACCAAAGUUCUGCGUAGUCCCUAUUGACUUUGUAAUGUUAACAAGGUCAUAAAGCACUAGCAAGAGAAAGAUAGAGAUUUGCUUUUAAUCUUUUUGCCUUUUAUUUUGCACAUUAUGCAAAAGGAAAAACAUUAGAGAACACUUUUUAAGUGAGUGAAACAUGGUAAGAGACAUACGAUGCUUUUAUGCACACUCUGAAACUAAAUCAAGAUCAUUAAUCGUGUGUUCUUUUUAAGAUUUUAAGUAGACAUGAAUUUUGGAAUCCUUUAUCAUUUCAAAAUGACUAUUUUUCAAAUCCUCAGUGUUUUAAACCCUAUGUUUUGAGGCUAUUAAAAUAUGAAAUUAUAUAAUCUACGAUACAGGGUUAUCCAAUAUCUUAAUAAUUUUUUGAAAUUAGGUUUUGGUUUUGGUUUUUUUUGCAGAUUUCAGGUUACAAACUGAGAAGUUUAUGCAUAAUCAAGUAUGGUAUGGUUGCCAGAAAAAGCCUAAAAAUUACUUAGAAAAUUUAAGACUGUUUACCCCCAUUGUCUUGUACUUGCAAGCUAACUUGUACUUAUUCUUGUGAAAGCACUGUCAUCUUUUAGUAGCAAAUUUUGAUAAAGUUUCUCGUGGGAAAAAAUCAGUAUCUAUCUUUAGAACAAUGUAAUUAUAAUGUGGGAAGCAAGAGUGGAUGAGAGAGAGAGAGAGAGAAUGUGUGUGUGUAUGUUUCUUUCAAUAGUUUAUGCCAGCAGUCUUUGCUUGAAUGUUUAACGAUGCCUUCAGUGUGAUGCUGGCCAAUAGAUGAUUGCAAUUUAAAAUGUCAUUACUGUGCAGGCUUGGAUAACUAACAUUCCAUGAUGUAGUUUGUUUCUGAUGAGAUGAUUGUAGGUACACUUUUCUCAUUAUCCAGUCAUCUGUGGGAUACUGAGUUUUCUAAUGUGCCAUUAUCUAUUUUUAUUCUGCAGUUAUGUUCAAAAUACAGUACAAUAUUUUAAAAUAGACUAAAUUGUUAAAAAUAAAGUAGUAGAUGUGUGUAAGAAAACUUUGUAAAAUAGUUAUGAGUCCUACCCAGUAGCAACUUCUGGCAUUCAAGCAGGAUUCCAUUAUGUAAAUAACUGUAAUGCAUUUAUAAUAAGUUGUGUAGUUCUGCAUCUAUACUACACUAUUUACGAACGUCUCAGUGCCAUCUCCUAAUGAGACUGACAUUUAAAAAACCUAUAUCGAAUAUCCUUGAUAAUUCCAGGAAAUAUCCCACCUGCCUAAGUUCCAAACUGGGAAACAUUCAAAUUAUACAAAUGACAUUUCAGAACUUUUAGGUAUGAAGAUAAUAGGAUUUUUAUUGUUUGGCUUAUUAAAAGUGAGCAUUUUUAGUUGAUAAUCCUACUUCUAAAUUUUUUUUAUUUUAAACUGAUUUUAUAAUUUUAAAGUAAUGAAUUUCUCAUCGUGACUUUGCCAUAGUUAUGCUAAGGAGUUGAUCUCAAAGGCACAAAAUAUGAAUUCUGCAAGGCGGCUAUUUUUUAUUGUAGUUUGGAUGGGUUAGGUAAAGCCUCAAUUUUUUCACUCUCCUAAGUCCUUCAGUACAUUUUUCUUUUAUUAUUUAUGCAAGUUAAAGUUUUUGGGUAACAGGAAUUCUUGCAACUGUAAAAUAAAACUACAUAGAUGUAAGAAGUCAUGUAAACGGUUAAUGAACUUACCAAGGUUAGCAAAACUUUCAUUGUAAAUCAGUCUGUAUUCAGCAAAUAAAAAUCAUUAUUAGUUGUAUACACAAAUUCCAUUUUGACUUUCAGGAUGUCACACUACUUCUGUACCUAGCAUUUUGAGUCCUUAUAUUUGCAAUGUUACACAAACUGUACUACUUUCUUUUAUGUGCAGUUUGCAUGAGUAAACCAUCAGAGAAUAAAUUCUAUCUUUAAAUUAUGUUCAUAAUUUGCUUGUCCUUACCUAUCUUUCAUAAAGUAACAUCACCUGAUAAUAAUAUGGGUUCUUUUUUUUCCUUCAGGACGUUUAUUACCUGAGAAGAACCAGGUAGUCUUUCUAUUUAUGUUAUAAAAUUCAUUGCUUCUCAAAGACUUUUCAACUGCAGGGUGCUCGGGCCUUAUUCUUCUCUGCAUUCAUUAAACCCCAUUCAUACACAGUGAACCUCUAAUGUUCCCCAGCCAGGAACCUUCCCUCAACUACAGCCACACCCAGAUCCACCAGCCUUUGGCAUCUCUUGGCGACUGCCUAACAGAAACACCUUAAACAUAUCGUGUCCAACUUUGUGUGUCAGCUGUAGUUCAGUAUAACCUGUCCAACACUGACUCUUCAUCAUGCCCCAUCUUCCCUUCAGGUGUACUUCUCCAGCAGUCUUCCAUAAGGCACUGACGACAGCUCCAAUCUUCCAGUUACUUAAGCUGGGACAACUGUGUUGUCAUCCUUGAUUCCUCUUUUCUCACAGCCCACCUCCAAACUAUCCAGAAAUGCUAUUGGCUUUUCCUUCAGAACGGUCGAGAAUUCAGCCACUUCUCAUCCUGUACAGUGCUACCAUCCUGAUCCAUGCCCUCAUUUUUUGUCACCCAGGCUACUGUAUUUGCCUUGUAACUGUCUCCUUGCCCCCCCCCCCCCCGCCUACUGUAGACCAUCCUCAGUACGGCAGUUAGAGUGGUGCUUUCCAAAUGUGAAUCCGCUUUUAUAGCACUUCUCUACUCCAAAUCCUGGAGCCCACUCUUCAUUGCACUCAGAGCUUAAAGUGGCCUGCAAGAUGAUUUGCUCCCCCACCCCCGUGCUGUUAUAUCUCUGAAUGCAUUUACAACUUCGUUUUAGUCAGUGAAUGAGUGCUUAACUAGGUGUGUCGGUCAUUGUUCUGGGCACUUGGAAAUCCACCAGUAGCCCAAAUACGAAAAUCCCUGCCUUUCGGAGCUACAUUCUAAAGAGGGUGGGCAGGAAAGUUUUUGGGGAAAACAAUUAACAUACUAAAUACAUUGUAUAUUAUGUUAGAAGUGGUCAGGUUUAAGAAACAGAGGCUGGAGAGCAUGUGAAGUGAUAUAUCAGUCUUUCAGAUUGAGCCAAUCUGAAGAGAUGCAAAAAAUCAAGUGGCCAAUUUUUACAUUAAGUUACACAUUCUAAUGAAUGUACUUAAUCUGGAUUAUAUGAUUUUAGAUAAAAGAUUUCAUGAAGACAAGGUGAUGUUCUCCUCUAACAAAAUUUGAUGAAAUAUUAAAAGGUCAAACUCAUGUUGGCAUUGAUUUGUUUCAGAGGACAGGAAAAUAAUCUUGUCUCUGGCGUGUACUUAAUGUUAAAUGUAGUUUUAUUAAUUCUACAUCUCAGACUGUGUAGCAAUUAAUGCUUGACAUUAAGAAUUUACUUGUGAGAGUAAAGAGUAUGGGAGAAUCCUGUUUACUCCUAGGCCUUCAUUUAUGUAAAUAUACACAUGCAGAGAUACACAGAAAAAAAAUGCCUAGAUGACAGCAAUUAAUUCUAAAAGACAUUUAGAAGAAAAACAUUUUAAAUCUGACAUUUCUAGAUUAUCUUGACCAUAGGUUAAUGGUUACUUUUGAAGGAAAGUUAUACCAUUUUAUAUCUGAUGUAGUUAUGAAAAAUCAUUUCUUUAAACUAUUAAUAAAUAUAAAUAUAUUCCCUAAUUCUCACAUGGUUUUAAAAAAAGUACAGGUCUCUCCAGACUAACAAUAGACUGAGACAUGGUCGUUCAUUGAGGCAAAGUAUUAAGAUCCUAGAGAGUUUAGCAUCCUUCUAGGUGGAGAAAAAUGCACACAAAAUUUAGAAUAAAGACUUUUCUGGAAAAAGCAUCCUACCAUUUAAGUAAAUGGUAAGUUGCCAUAGAAAAAGAACAAUCAGUGAAAAUGUUUCAAAACUAAAGGAUUUAUUAGUUUUGAAAUAACAAAGGCCAUGUGACAUUGGAACCUACAAUAAAAGAAAAUAUGCAUAGUUUUAUUCUGUUGUAGCAGUCCAAGGCACCAAAUCAGAUGUUAGUUGUAAAAUUACCAAAUAUGUCACGGCACUCUGAAAGGGUUGUUACUCAACAGUGGGCCAGUGAGUUGCAUCUUUUUUCCUCAAAUAUACAUGAAAAUUUUUCCAAUGGCUUUCUGAGAAGAGGAAGUCCUUGGUACAACCGGUCAUGGUCACAGUGCCUUCCCUUGCCUCUUCAUUUUGCAUUAAAUUUUAGAUUUAAGACCAUUCCUUGAGCUAGAAUUUGUUUAACAAAAUAGUUGCCAUGGCUUUAUCAUGCAUUACCUCAAUUAUCUGGGAAAGUAUUUGAGUCUGAAUCUCAUUUUUAACUGUCAGUUAUGUCAGAUAAAGAUUGGUUUACUUUAUUCACUUACAUUAGAAAUCACUUUCUGUGAAAGUAGACCCCCCCCACCACCAAAAAAAAAAAAAAAAAGAAUGUUCUUCCAAAGGGCAUGUAAUUUAGGAAGAGAUGCAGUUUUUUAUAGCCUGACACAAAAAUUAAGCAAUAAUUAUUUAAUGGGGUUUACUUAGCAGAAUUUAAGAUGAUAGAGUUGUCUAUUGUAAGGUUCUCCGAAUUGGGAACAAAUGCAUUGUUUAUGAGGAAAUAAACCUUGUCAAUACAUCUAUCUUCAAAAGUAAA